AUGGGAGCAGGCGCGUCGGUUGGACAGGACGACGUCCUUGCCAUCGUCCGCGAAGAAACAACAGCUGGCGUCAAUCAGGCACUGCCGGACGAAGAGGUGUUUGCCAAGAUCCAAGCGCGUCUGCAAUGCCUGAACGACGAGCUACCCGACGCGGUCCAGUCCCUCGACGAAUCGAGCGACACGGUUGCCCAAACGUUGGAUGACCCGAGUUUGCACGCAAGCUCAAGCAACAAGUCGCUGGGCAAACUCUCGUCGCUAAGUUACGUUGAUGUCAAGUCGGCGACCCAACAAGAACACGUUCGCCAAGUGAGCCAAAGCAUGAAGGCCAUUCCGACGACGCUCAAGCAAGAUCACACCAAGUACCGUCGACCGACGAUCACGCGCGAGCUCGUGGAAGAGCUCUCGAUGGCGUUUACAAUCGACGUGCUCGUGGACCCCGUCACGUUCAAGCUCCUCGUCGCCUUUGCCAAAGACAUUCCGCUUGCUGUGGAUCGCCUCCACUUUUGGGCUGACGUUCAGAAUUACCGAUCGCUACCGAGUGCCCAGUACACGGACCGCAUGCUCAAAAAAAUCUACGAGAAAUUCGUCAGUCCGUCUGCGGCGACUCCAAUUUGUGUGCCGACACAGAUGCUUGCGGACUUGCGCGCCUUGUACGAGGCUCCGGGCGGUAUCCAAUCGGCGGGGACGUUUAACGAGGCGCAAGCGCUGUGCAAGCGGGACCUGGAAAAAGACGUGUUUCCGCGGUUCCGGAAGCACGCACUGUUCCAGAAAAUGGUCUCGCUCUGCGAGCAGGAGGGCGACCGCCACCCUUCGGCGCGCUCGUGCGUUGCCCAGCCCGAUGCGUACGUAACGUGUUUGAAAACUCAAGUGACGACGCUGGGUAGGCUUCCCCCGGAUGUCGACUCAGCUUACAGCUUUGACGCCGUCUUGAGCGACGAAACCAAACUGCGCUUCUUCAAGACCUACUGCAUCGAAUCGCGCACGGCUGAGAACCUUGGGUUUUACUGCGAGGUCGAAGAGUGCAAGCGUCUGCCCAAUCAGUCGUACAUCCAAGCGCGCGCGCGCAAGAUCUAUGACACGUACAUCAAGGAAGGCGCCAAGCGGUUCAUCAACUUAUCCCCGGAGAUGCACGAAGAGAUGACGGCCAAGAGCGGGGGCACGUUUGACGCGAUUAUGUACCACGACGCACAGUACAUGGUCGUCGAGUACAUGCGCCUCGAGCUCUGGGGUCCCUUCAGUCACUCGCCAGAGUACCUAGCCUACACGCAGCAGCAAACGGCGUCGGCGUCGGGGCCUCAGCACUGGGAUCCGUACCACCCGGCCAUAACAGAGGAGCAGAUGCGCGUGCUCAUGGCGCAGCUUGACAAGACUGACCCGACUGAACUGUACAAUCGGGCGAUGUCGAUUCCGGUCUCGGCGCUUGCAAACGUUGGAAAGGCAAGCUCGGUCCAGGUCGACCCAGUUGUUAUGCUGCUUCACGACAAGAUUGCACACCGAGCAUUCAAGGCGUUCCUGGGCAAGCGUGCCAAGGACCACUGUGUCGCUUUUAUCGAUGAAGUGGACGAGUUCAACACGCUACCAGGCAUUGAGUUUAUGCACCACACGGCCAAGAAGCUCUACAAAAAGUACGUCGCCGAGUCGGCCAAGCUACAAGUCGACAUGAGCACCAAGCUGCGUCAAGACAUUGUUGCAAAGCUCUCGUCCCCCACCAUCGACAUGUUCAAGCCGGUGGUUGCUCACGUCAAGCAGGGGCUCCUGCGCGACUCGUUGCUACGAUACUUCAAGUCGUCGACGUUUGCGGAGCUUAAGCUUGGCACGACCGACCCUCAGUUGGGGGCGGAGAUCGCUGCCGCCGUGACCAAAGGCGUGCUGGAGAUGCCUCACCUGGAAGUGAUUUUGGCCAACCCGCAGUACGUCGGCAACUUCAAGAAGUUUCUUCGCUCGCAGCACUGCGUUGAAAAUCUCAUCUUCUACGAAGAGGUCGAGGAGUUCCGGCGUCUACCGUCGUACCAGAUCGUGCUACGCAGUGCAAAAAAGAUCAUCGACAAGUACAUUAAUGUCAACACGUCCCGGCACCCGAUCCAGCUGCCCGAACACCUCCAUGACGCGAUCGUGUCCAACUUAAACCAGGCCGACAAGACAUACUUUACGGACGCCGUCCAAGAGGUGAUGGAUUCCCUUCGCACCCAGGACGUGCCCGACUUUCUCGACUCGUCCGGAUUUCUGGCGCUCGUGGGCUCGUGGGUGCUCAUGGACGAGCAGUACGCGAUCCGGCAGCUUAUUGGCGACCUCGAGCUCGCGUACUUUCGCCACCGAUUGUACCAGCCGAAAUCGGUGCGCUAG